AUGGCCUCGUUGCCACUGGGACCUCAGCCCCAUCAGCAUAAUCCACCGUCCGACCUUCAAUAUCAUCAUCAUGCUCCGCCACCAGCUGCCGCUGCUCACAAUAAGGCCGAUCAGGAGAUGCAGGCUUCUGUAGUUGAUGUGAAUGAUCCAAUCACUAGCCACAUUAUAUCAACUACAAUUGGAGGCCAAAAUGGAGAGCCCAAAAGGACAAUUAGUUACAUGGCAGAGCGUGUUGUGGGCACAGGAUCGUUUGGAAUAGUUUUUCAGGCGAAAUGCUUGGAAACAGGAGAGGCAGUGGCCAUAAAGAAGGUUUUGCAGGAUAAGCGCUAUAAAAACCGUGAACUGCAGUUAAUGCGCUUGAUGAAUCAUGCAAAUGUGAUAUCUCUGAAGCACUGUUUCUUUUCUACAACAAGUCGGGAUGAACUUUUUCUUAAUCUAGUCAUGGAUUAUGUCCCUGAGACCAUGUACAAGGUUUUAAAGCAUUACAGCAGUUCAAAUCAAAGGAUGCCCCUCAUAUAUGUCAAACUCUACACAUAUCAGUUAUUUAGGGGGCUUGCAUAUAUCCAUACAGUUCCGAGGGUAUGCCAUAGAGAUAUAAAACCUCAAAAUGUUUUGGUUGAUCCUCUUACCCACCAAGUCAAGAUUUGUGACUUCGGAAGUGCUAAAGUUCUUGUGGAGGGUGAAGCUAAUAUAUCCUAUAUAUGCUCUCGUUAUUAUCGAGCCCCAGAACUCAUAUUUGGUGCAACAGAAUAUACGACGGCAAUUGAUAUCUGGUCUGCUGGUUGCGUCCUCGCUGAGCUUCUACUGGGGCAGCCUCUUUUCCCUGGAGAAAAUGCAGUCGAUCAACUUGUAGAGAUUAUCAAGGUUCUUGGUACUCCAACUCGAGAAGAAAUUCGAUGUAUGAAUCCAAGUUAUACCGAUUUCAGGUUUCCCCAGAUUAAAGCUCAUCCGUGGCACAAGGUUUUUCACAAGCGGAUGCCUCCUGAAGCCAUUGAUCUUGCUUCUCGACUGCUUCAUUACUCUCCAAGUCUUCGCUGCACGGCUCUAGAAGCAUGUGCCCAUCCUUUCUUUGAUGACCUUCGGGUGCCGAAUGCCCGCCUCCCAAAUGGUCGUCCUUUCCCCCCUCUUUUUGACUUUAAACAGGAAUUGGCUGGAGCAUCACCGGAGUUGAUCAACAGGUUAAUACCAGAGCAUGUCCGAAGACGAGCUAGCUUGAGUUUUCCCCAUCCUGCUGCUACAUGA